AUGGUUUGGGUUAAACCGGAGUUUCUCCACAUGGCCCAGCCAUUUUGGUCCACCGAACUAGAAUGCGAGUAUUUUGCUGUUCAACGGAGAAAAGGACACGGAACAAAAGGAUUCUCGUCGGUUGUUGUGGCCACGAUUGACUCAGUUUUCGAUACUCGACCACCCCCAUUUCGGAUUAUUUACAAGUACGAGAACGAUGAUAUCCAAGUGUCUAUCGGUUCGUUUUCAACCGAGAAGGAUGUUCGAGCGUUUGUGAUCGGUAAAGUAGAGAGCCUGGUGUUCAUAGCGGCUGAAACUUCGGGAGCAAGCGAUGAGUUGGACUCACUAACGACUCGGUCAGUUCUGCAUAAAUUCCUCACGUUAUUUUCACUAACUCCUGAUGAAAAACUAGUUAACUAUUAUAACUGCUGUUAUUGGAACAAUCGUUUUCCUAACCAAGGACAGUUAUUCUUGUCCGUGAAUUUUCUGUGCUUCUAUUCAUUUGUCAUUGGGAAUGAAGUGAAGAUUAAGUUGAAAUGGACAGAUAUAACGAAACUCGAGAAAGUCUCAACGCUUUUGUGGCCUCAGAGCAUACGAGUGGUUACUCGUCAAGAAAGCUACGAAUUUUCAAUGUUCAUCAAUAUUGAGGACACCUUCAAGCUAGCUUCGCAACUGGCCAACAUAGCUAUGAAACAAUUGAUCGAGGAAGAGGGAUUCUGUGAAGAUGUGGACUUACUACAUAAAGCCCUUCUAGAAAGUGGAAGAAAACGAGCGAAGAAAAUUCCGUCGUCUUUUCUUAAACGUGACUUGGACGCUAGGCAGCGGAGUGAAAGUUACAGUAUUUUGUUGCCCGACUGCAUGCAUUGA